UUAAAUGUCAAAUUACCGAAUGUUAAACAGUAAAUAUUCAGGAAUGCUAUCCGAAGUUUUAUAUAGAGUUUGUUCCUAAUAAGAGCAAUCAAAUAGCUAUAAGUUUAGAUUGAAUUUGUUCAUUGAAAUAAUGGAUUUUAGUUUUACAAGUAAAGUGCAUACUGAUCUAUUAAACAUGUGCAGGAUAUGCUUACACAAAAUCGAAACAGAACACUCACCGUCGGAAAAAACAAACAAUGUAGAAUUGUUAAAUAAAAUUUAUAUCUGUUUUGAAAUAAAAUUAACGUUAGGCAAAUAUUUACCUUCAUUAAUUUGUGAACAGUGCGUUACCGAAAUAAAUAUAGCUUAUAACUUUCGUCUAAAAUGUAUUGCUGUUGAUGAUAAACUUUAUAGUUAUUAUAAGACGUUUUUAAAAUCUGACACGAACUAUAAAAAUGAUUCAUGUAAUGAAGAACAGAAUUCAUCAUGGGUAAUAAAAGAGACACAGGAAGCAAUUUGCAAGAACAGCCCAAAAUGUUCAGAAAUUGGUUUCAAUGGUAAAGAGGUAAAAGAUUUUGGUGACCUAUUACAUUCCUGUACAUAUCCUAACAAAAUAUUAAAAAGUGAAUCAUUGUUAAAUAAACCUCAGAAUGUAUCAAACAAAACCAACACCAAGAGAACAGUUAGAGGAAUUGGAGCAAAUCGCCGAUACUACUGUACCGAGUGUCCAUACAGCACACCUCAUAGCCAAACUUUAGUAAAUCAUAUGAGAAGGCACAAUGGAGAUCGUCCAUACCAAUGCAAGUGUGGAAAGAGUUUUACACAAUCAUCCAGUUUGUCAGCACAUCUCAAAACACACAGCACUACUACAUAUUUCACUUGUUCAACAUGUGGUAAACAGUUUAAACAUGCUUUUUCACUGAAAAAGCAUCUCAAUGUGCAUAAUUUGGGUCAAUUCUCCUGUGAAAUUUGUUAUAAGCAACUCAAAUCCAGGCAGUCUUUAAAUGACCACAUGUACCGCCAUUAUAAUAUAAGAAAUUACAAUUGUGAAGACUGUGGUGACACAUUCAUCACAAGCUCGGAAUUAUUCAAUCAUAAGAAAAAGCAUGUUGAUGAAAGGAAAGUCGAAUGUCACGCCUGUGGUUAUACAACACGCCACAAGAGGAAUUUAAUUAUACAUUUAAAAAGGCAUGCCGGGGAGAAACUGUUUAAAUGCAUAACAUGCGUGGCAUCUUUUUAUACAAGUGGUGACCUACAACGUCACAUGCGGGUCCACACCCGAGAUAAACCAUUUCCCUGUCCUACUUGCAAGCAAAAGUUUGCUCACAGUACAAGUCUUAACAAACACAUGCAUACUAUCCACGGAAUUGAUUAUAAAUGGGCAGAUUUAAAAUUAUUGGAGUCAAGAAAAGAAAAGCCACCUUAACUCGUUUUGUUUCUAAAAAUAAAACAACCAUUUCUA